UAUGGAUUAUUGGAUCUGAACAUCUCAUAUUCUCAUCUGACUAUUACUGUAUACACUAGCAUUUCAGGCAACUUCCCAAUUAGCAGCAUCUAUGAUCUAAGCAAGUGAUAAAAUCUUUCUACAACAACAACCAUAAAAAAAAAAGUCAGCUUUUAUAAAAGAUCCUACAUUCUCCUGUUUUUGCUACUACUAUUAUCUUGAUUCUGUUCAACUUCAUUUGUUACAUAGUACACACACUGUUUCUCUCUCCUCCAUAGCUGAACAAGAUGCCGGGUGGUCAGAUGGUUGUUAUUGAAGAGCCUGUUCGUCUUUCCUCUGUUCUUACUCCCUCUAAAACGUCUUCUACAGGAUGAUUCUCCAUCAUUGACCAAGAUUAUGGCAACCCUUGGACCAAAAUCCCGCUCUGUCGAAACUAUUGAGGCUUGUCUAAAAGCAGGAAUGUCAGUUGCACGAUUUGACUUCUCGUGCUUGGACAUGGAUUACCAUCAAGAGACCGUUGACAAUUUGAGGGUUGCUGCUAGAAACGUUAAACAGCUCUGUGGUGUGAUGCUAGAUACUGUGGGUCCAGAAAUUCUAAUUUCUAAUGAAACUGGAAAAUCUAUUGAGCUGAAAGCUGACAACCUCGUGACAAUUACUCCGGAUAUCACUAAAGAGCCAUCAGCACAGGUUUUGCCAAUCAACUAUGCUGGACUUGCAAAGAAUGUGAAGAAAGGUGAUACUGUUUUUCUCGGGCCGUACCUCUUCACUGGAAGUGAAAACUCCUCCGUUUGGCUUGAGGUAUCAGAGACAAAUGGCGCGGACAUAAUCUGUGUGGUGAAAAAUAGUGCUACAUUAACAGGAUUCAACUUUAACUUGCACAUUUCGAGGGCCCAGGUCGAUGCGCCUACUCUGACUGAUAAGGAUAAACAGAUUAUUUCCACCUGGGGAUCUCGUAAUAAUGUCGAUAUUAUUUCCUUGCACUAUACGCGCCAUGCUGAUGAUGUCCGUGAGGUCAGAGCAUUCCUUGCUACUCAAAAUCUUCAAGAAACUCAAAUAUAUGCGAAAGUUGAAACAGUUGAGGGACUGAAGCAUUUUGAUGAGAUCCUUAAAGAAUCAGAUGGUAUAAUCCUUGCUCGAGGUAACCUAGGAAUUGACCUUCCUCCAGAGAAGGUCUUCUUGUUCCAAAAAUCUGCUGCAUAUAGAUGUAAUAUGAUAGGGAAACCUGUCAUUAUCACCAGAGUUGUGGAUAGUAUGGUUGGCAAUCUGAGGCCUACUCGAGCAGAAGCAACAGAUGUUGCUAAUGCUGUUCUAGAUGGUGCGGAUGGCAUAUUGUUAGGUGGAGAGACUUUUGGCGGUCUGUAUCCAGUUGAAACAAUCAAGACAGUCAGGAACAUUUGUGCUGAGGCUGAAUUUGUUCACAACCAACCAUUAAUUUACAAGCGUAUCGUGAGCUACGCUGGAGAACCUCUGUCACAUGCUGAAUCUGUUGCUUCUUCAGCGGUACGGGUUGCUGUCAAAGUUCAUGCAGCUAUGAUCGCUGUGUUCACAAUCUCCGGGGCAGCAGCAAGGCUGAUUGCUAAAUAUAAGCCAUCUAUGCCCGUCUUUGCUAUUGUCACCCCUCUUGUGAAGUCUAACUCUGUAAAAUGGAGUCUCACUGGCUCAAUGCAGGCUCGGCAGUUGCUUGGUGUACGAGGAGUUUUCCCUGUCCUAGCAAGCACUGUAGCUGCUAACAUAGGGGUAAUCGAUGAAGAGUCGGUGUUGAAGCUUGCUUUGCAUCACGGAAAAAUGAAGGGACUGCUGAAACCUGGCGACAAGGUGGUUGUCUUUCAGAAGAUUGGAGACUCAUCCGUUGUUAAAAUCGUUGAGUUUGAUGGCUAGAUACAACAUUACAUUAUGCUGUGCUGUACUACUGUUCUUAGUUAUCAAAUUCCCUCUUACUGUAAUUGCUUCCAUUCAUUGAUUGUUCACGGGACAAUUAAGCAAUAUGUAGUUUGAGAUUCAUAGUUAAAAGGAAGAGUGGUAGCUUGUGCUUCCGAGUACAAGAAUAAUCAAGCUUAGGUUAGGCAGAGAUUGUGGAUGUCGACAUAGUUCAGCAGCACAGAACUUUCAGUGUUCAGCUAGUACAUGCUUGUAUCUUAUGUCUAUUAAUAAAAAUACUAAUGUAGUUGCAUCUUCCAA